GAGAAAAGGUGGCAGGGUCUACUGUACUUCGCUACUUACGUUAUGUAAGGAAGCCUGAAGAGAUGGAUAUGUACUCGUACAUGUGACACGUGGGAAUUGACAGUAGAUUUUAGGUAUUUUAUCAUCGUGUGUAUUGCACUAUGGAUGGCCACACUGUUAAUCCUUCCGUCGCCAAAGAGAUUGCGCGCAAAAAACGACUCGCAAUGGCCAAGUUGAAACAGCGACAAUACCAGAAGACACAUGUAACCAAGCCAACCAGUUCGAUGAAUCAGCCGAACGGAAAUGGGAGUGUGUCGCGUACGUUGCCUGUGUCUAGUGGUAGUAGUAAGAAUGCUUUGACUGGUGGGCAGGCGUAUAUGCCAGGUCAAAAUAGUGCGGCGGGUCAAUCGUAUACAUCCAGUAGUAUUGUGAGGCCGACACCACAGGAUAGUAGACGUCCUGAUCAUCCACAACACCAAGUACAACAACACGAACAACAAUCACUGCACCAGUCCCAAUACCAACAACCACAACAACACCCGCGAGAUGGACAGACACUUCAGAGACAGGACAACAUAGGCAGUACCAACUACCAGAGGCAGCAGUAUAGCGAUAGACAGACCCAACGUGUACCAGAGACACAUAGGCCUCAGAGUGCACCAAAUACAAAUGGCACACGAGCUCGAGAUGGAGACGUGGUCAAUCUCACCGGCAGUGGCGAUGGGGGGGGAUAUACAAACAUGCCGCACACGACCACUGCACAAGCACCCCCCACACACUUGCAUAUGCCCAAUACACAUAUCUCCAGUGGUACCAGCGUGGGCACAGGACUACCCACAAAUCGAGACACUCACACCCCGUCCAAUUUGGUGCGAGACGGGACAUUGAAUAGCUUCUGCAAGAACAAACCGGAAAUGCCACAGAUAAUGCACCCGGUGAAGGUGAAGGUGGAGUGCGAGCUGGUUGACAGGGGCACUGUGACGUUUAAACCCCAGAGUACACUGCAUGCCAAGUUUAAGCAGAUCAUGCGGGAGGAAAAGGGCGUCUACGAACCCAAGAAGCUGUACUGGAAGGUCCCGGUGGCCAACUACCUGAGUGCAUAUUGCAAACUGAGCCAAGCACAUACCUUCACCAUCUAUGGCCUGCCCCGUUUUCUUCACAACAAAGCGGUGCUGACCCAAUUAGCACAGCCAGAAGACACAUCGACGCACAGCAUGGACGAUACACUAUUACCUCCCGAGACUCUGGAUAAGCUGUUACCGUUCCAGCGAGAAGGUAUUCAAUGGGCCAUUCGACGGAACGGCAGAGCUCUGAUUGCUGAUGAAAUGGGCUUGGGAAAGACGGUACAAGCCGUGUGUAUAGCGUGCUACUACGGUAUCGAAUGGCCCGCGCUGGUAGUUGUGCCUUCGUCGCUGAGAUAUCAGUGGAGAGAGGCAUUUUUGAAGUGGGUCCCAGUAUUACGCAAGUCCGAAAUCAAUGUAAUCGACAAUGGAAAGUCUGAGCUUGGCAACGCAGGGGUUAAUAUCAUCACAUAUGAUCUCAUAUCUAAGUUUGCUGUGGAAUUGAAGCGAAGACAAUUCAAAGUUCUGAUCUUGGAUGAGUGUCAGAAAAUCAAGAAUCCUACAGCAAAGCGGACCAUGGAGCUACUACCGCUAUGCAAGGUUGCGAAGCGAGUGCUCCUGUUGUCAGGUACACCCGCAACAUCCAGGCCAGUCGAGCUAUUCACGGCUAUGCAGGCAGUACGCCCAGAGAUGUUCCGAAAUGGUUUGAACGAGUAUGGAAUACGUUAUUGUGGAGCGUACAAGGGUCCCUUCGGGUGGAACUUCGACGGACAGUCGAGGGCAGAGGAGAUUAAAACGAUUCUGAAGGAAUUCGUGAUGAUCAGGCGCUUGAAGUCAGAGGUACAAGACCAACUAGCGACAUUGCAGAGCUUGACCAAAAAGAUCAGACACAGAGUGAAUAUCGACAUAGACGAGAAGUCAAAGAAAUACCUGGCAGAUAGCAUGCGGAAAAUCAACCAUCUCAACAAUAAGAACUUCAUCGAGUACUUCCACGAGACUGCCGUGGCAAAGACCCCUGCGGUGUGCGACUACAUCGAUAGAUUACUCGAUCAACCGGUGAAGUUCGUUGUGUUCUGUCAACACAACGAGAUGAUGUCUGAGCUAGAAUAUGUGAUGAAAAGAAAGGACGUGGACUACAUACGGAUCGAUGGUUCAACAAACAGCAAAGCUAGACAAAAAAAAGCAGCAAGGUUCCAAGAGGUGCCCACAUGCCGUGUAGCUCUGCUGAGUCUUCUUGCCGCGAACGCUGGAUUGACGCUCACGGCAUCAGCCACAGUGAUAUUUGCUGAACUUGCUUGGAAUCCUGGUGACUUGCUCCAGGCCGAAGAUAGAGUACACCGGAUAUCACAGAACAAGGACGUCACCAUCCAGUACCUGCACGCCCCCAACACAAUGGACGAUGUCAUGUGGGAGAAACUCAAUAAGAAAUUGGGCGUACUUGGCAAAGCCGGUGUAGGGAACCAGGAAAGCACAUCUUCUAAGCGAUCGGCAAUGGAUACGGAAAAUCUGAUGUCAACGUCCCAAGGAGUAGCUGUGCAUAGCAUCAACGGUACUAUAUCCGACACACCCACCGGCGAAAACAAACCGGCACAUAGACGAGUAAAAAAAGCCAAGACCUUGAUUGAUUUCUUGGGAUCACCGAGUAAGAGCAAGGUAAAGAAGGCCGUCGAAGUGUCUGACGAUGAUAAUAGGGACGAUUUGUUGGAUGACGAUUUGGAUGAUGAAUGCGUAUUCCUAGAUUGUUCGUAAAUAUCGUUCCAUGGCCGAGAAGAACCAUUUCAGAAUAAUUACAUUGCUAGGAGGCCAGAUUGCACAAGCGCUAGGAGCUCCAGAGCCGUAAUUUGGUCACGACGCCUCACCCAGACUGCUGCACGGUCGGAGCUCGAAUGGAGUAUACAAGGAGCUUAAGUAUUCAUUUAUUAGACAAAUGAACUUAUAAAAUAAACGAUAAUUAGAGCGCUAGGAGCGCUGAUUGAAAAACAAUAAACCUGGAUACAUGGUUCA